AUGAGAACUAGCAUUCUUCUUGUCAACAUUGUCGUUUUGGCCUCCAUGAUGGUUGCCGCCCAAGCUGUCACUAGCUGCCAGCUCAUUAGAUGUCGCGCUGGAUAUCACUGUGUCGAUGACGCUGCUGGUCAGGGACACUGCAUUGCUGACAACGUCGUCACAUGCGCUAUGAUCAGAUGUAAGUCUGGAUACCACUGCGAGACCAACCCAAUCACUGGCGCUGGCCACUGUGUCAGAGACACCGUUGUCACCUGUGCUCAGAUUAGAUGUAUGGAGGGCUUCCACUGCGUCAACGACCCAAUCACCGGAGCUGGUUCCUGUGUCUCCGACCUUACCUGCGCCAACACCAGAUGUGCUCUCGGAUACCACUGCGUUAUGGAAGCUGAGGGACCAAACUGUGUCCCAGACGAGGUUGUCGUCACCUGCGCUCAGAUCAGAUGUAUGGAGGGUUUCCACUGCGUGACUGACCCAGUCACCGGAGCUGGUUCCUGUGUCACCGACCUCACCUGCGCCAACAGCAGAUGUGCCCUCGGAUACCACUGCGUCAUGGAGGCUGAGGGACCAAACUGUGUCCCAGACGAGGUUGUCAUUUCCGACAUCGCCGCCGCCACCACCACCGACUGCACCAUGGUCCGCUGUAACGCCACCACACGUUGCGUCGAGACCCCAACCGGACCAAUCUGCCUUAGCAACGACUACACCGACUGCACCAUGGCCCGCUGCACCGCCACCACUCACUGCAUCAACACCCCAACUGGUGCCCAGUGCGUCCCCAACACCCCAGUGACUGACUGCACCAUGGUCCGCUGCAACGCCUCCACUCACUGCGAGGACACCCCAACCGGUGCCCACUGCGUCCCAAACGUUGUCUCUGACUGCACCACUGUCAAGUGUAACGCCACCAUGCACUGCGAGGUUGGUCCAAACGGCGCUGGCUGUGUCCCAAACACCGUUCAAAUCACUGACUGCACCAUGGUCCGCUGCAACGCCUCCACUCACUGCGAGGACACCCCAACCGGUGCCCACUGCGUGCCAAACGUUGUCUCUGACUGCACUACCGUCAGAUGUAACGCCACCAUGCACUGCGAGGUCGGACCAAACGGCGCCGGCUGUGUCCCCAACACCCCAGUGACCGACUGCACCAUGGUCCGCUGCAAUGCCACCACUCACUGCGAGGAUACCCCAACCGGAGCCCACUGCGUGCCCAACGUCUUCACCGACUGCACCAUGGUCCGCUGCACUGCCGAGACCCACUGUCUCGAGACCCCAACCGGUCCAAUCUGUGUCCCCAACGGAACCACCGACUGCACCAUGGUUCGCUGCUCUGCCACCACUCACUGCAUCAACACCCCAACCGGUGCCAGAUGUGUCCCCAACUAA